GUAGCUAAACCGGAGAUUGGGUCUAAAAGUACGCGACUCGAUCGAUCUCCGGCCUCCUCUAUAUCCCGUCGGAUCGCCCUCCAUCUCUGCGCUUCUUCUCGCUGGAUUCCGGAAAAAAUGGACAAGACUUCUCAUUUUGCGGUUCAUGCUGAUGCUUCAUUUGCACUUCGCGGCUUUCUUAGUGGUACUUCAGUAUACUCAAGGAUGAAUGGGGGUUGCCAGAAACAACAAAGUCUGGAGCCACCUAGGGGCUGUGGAACCGUAAUGAAGCUUCCUUAUGGCUGUAGUUUUCUCCCGGAGAAUUCUCAGCCAAUGAGCUCAAUCCAUGGAAGCCGAGGCAUCCAUGUAACCCGCACCUUGUCUGAAUCCACAAGAGGAGUCGUUUCAAAUCGUCCCUUAUCUCCUCAUCUUCCAGUGAAGAAGCCACAGCUGAGGGCAACGUUCUCGAUUUCCCAUCGGAUAUUUGGAGCUUCGCUGGCAUCUGCUAUAUUGUUGAUUCCCAUUGCUUGGAAGUUCAGUCUCCUACUCGACGUGUGACGCUCGUGAUCGAUCACUCAUUGGUGUCAAUUCCAGCGCAAACGAAGCUUUUUUUAUCAGCAUUACUACCCAGAAGUGAGGGAACAUGAACCUGUUUUAUCACUAUGUUGCUUGAAAAAUCAUCCAAAAACAAUUAAGAACCAGCUGCUGGAGCAAAUUCUGAUUGCAGUUUUCCUGCAUUAUAAGGUAGUCUUUAUCUUCACUUUA